AGUUUGUGAACUUGGGUGGUCGGUACCCGGUAGUUGUCCAAUUGUUGAAAACGAGAAAGUUCUCAGCUUUCCCUCUCGCCUCUCGAGUGUCAUGGGGAAAAACAAGAUUUCGCAGAGCGGUGGCGAUGCCGGUGACGGUGGUAUUACGAUAUUCAGAGGAAGAGAGCAAUUCCCGACAAAAACAAUAUAUGCGGUGGUCGCGAUGUUGAUGUGGCUGGGAGCGAUUCAUUUUAACGUGGCUUUAGUUCUCUUCUCUCUUGUCUUCCUUCCUCUUUCCAAAUCUCUCCUGGUAUUUGCAGUUCUUUUCUUCUUCAUGCUCAUUCCAAUUGACGAACUUAGUAAAUAUCGAAGGACAUUGUGCAGAUGUAUAUGUAUGCAUGCUUGCAGUUAUUUCCCGAUCACUCUCCAUGUGGAGGACAUAGAUGCCUUCAAUCCUAAUCGUGCUUAUGUAUUUGGCUAUGAGCCACAUUCAGUUUUGCCGAUUGGUGUCAUUGCGCUUUCGGACCUUACAGGUUUCAUGCCUCUACCAAAAAUGAAAGUCCUUGCGAGUAGUGCUGUGUUCUACAUACCAUUUUUGAGGCAUAUAUGGACAUGGAUGGGUCUUACUCGAGCAACAAGGAAAAAUUUUACUUCCUGCUUGGAUGCCGGCUAUAGCUGCAUCAUAGUGCCUGGCGGUGUGCAAGAGACAUUUCAUAUGGAGCCUGGUUCUGAGACUGCGUUCCUCAAGAGCAGAAGGGGAUUUGUUCGAAUAGCCAUGGAGAUGGGUACACCUCUGGUGCCAGUUUUCUGCUUUGGUCAGUCACAUGUUUACAAGUGGUGGAAGCCGGGUGGAAAACGCUUCUUCAAAUUAGCUAGAGCUAUUAGAUUCACCCCCAUUAUGUUUUGGGGAAUUUUUGGAUCUCCUUUACCAUAUCGACAUCCAAUGCAAGUUGUGGUGGGCAGACCAAUUGAGGUGGAAAAAAAUCCCCAGCCAGCCAUGGAAGAGGUUGCUGAAGUACACGAUCAGUUUGUUAAAGCACUUGGAGAUCUCUUUGAAAGGCAUAAAGCAAGGGUUGGCUGUCGCGAUCUGCAUUUAGAAAUUCUUUGAUGAAAAUGUCUCUGUGCUUCCAUUUCAUUCUAUCUAUGUUUCGCAUGAUUAGUGUAGAAUAAUUUCACUGGUUGGAGUGAUAAGGAUAGCGCGUUCGAAUCCCCAUCCCCUGUUUCAAAAAAUAAUAAUAAUAAUUUCACUGGUUAGGGGAGUUGCAGCCAUAAAUGCUGUAACUUAGUUGUUUAUAAGAUUCAGCUGACUUACUCAAA